AGAGAGAGAGAGAGAGAGAGAGAGAGAGAGAGAGAGAAAGAAGAGAAGAACAAAAAAGAAAAGAAAAAAGGCGCAAGGAAAGGGGAAAGCAAGGAACCUGUGGAAAGAGUAACAGCCUUUGACAUUAAGAAGAAAGUUUCUGACAAUGAGUUACUGGAACUUGGAGAAAAGAAAUUGUCUUCAGUACUGCAGACAUUUUUUGGUGGACAAUAGUGUGUUUCAUGUUGAAAGAUGUAUGAGUGUUAUGCAAUCUGGGACUCAGAUGAUUAAACUGAAGCAUGGAGCCAAAGGGUUAGUACGUCUUUUUUAUCUUGAUGAGCACAGGACGUGCAUCAGAUGGAGGCCAUCUAGGAAAAGUGAAAAGGCAAAAAUCAUAAUUGAUUCUAUCUACAAAGUCACUGAAGGGCGGCAAUCAGAAAUAUUCCAUCGCCAUGCAGAGGGCAAUUUUGACCCAAGCUGCUGCUUUACAAUUUACCAUGGCAAUCAUAUGGAAUCAUUGGAUCUGAUAACUUCUAACUCGGAGGAAGCCCGUACCUGGAUCACUGGGCUGAAAUAUUUGAUGGCUGGGAUAAGUGAUGAGGACUCUCUUGCUAAAAGACAGAGGACACACGAUCAUUGGGUGAAGCAGACCUUUCAGGAAGCUGAUAAGAAUGGGGAUGGUUUGCUGAAUAUUGAGGAAAUUCAUCAGUUGAUGCAUAAACUGAAUGUCAACCUGCCCAGAAGAAAAGUAAGACAAAUGUUUCAGGAGGCUGACACAGAUGAGAACCAGGGAACUUUAAACUUUGAAGAGUUUUCUGUGUUUUAUAAGAUGAUGUCAUUACGCCGUGACCUAUACUUGCUGCUCUUGAGCUAUAGUGAUAAGAAAGACCACCUCACUGUUGAAGAUUUUACUCAGUUUUUGAAGAUAGAACAGAAGAUGAAUAAUGUGACAACAGAGUAUUGUUUAGACAUCAUAAGAAAAUUCGAGGUUUCAGAAGAAAACAAGAACCAGAAUGUCCUGGGAAUAGAAGGCUUCACCAAUUUUAUGUGCAGUCCGGCCUGUGAUGUGUUCAAUCCACUGCACAGCGAGGUACAUCAGGAUAUGGAGCAACCUCUUUGCAACUAUUUUAUUGCUUCUUCCCACAACACAUAUCUAACUGGAGACCAGCUUCUGUCUCAGUCUAAAGUAGAGAUGUAUGCCCGAGUCUUACAAGAUGGCUGCCGAUGUCUUGAAGUUGAUUGCUGGGAUGGCCCAGAUGGAGAACCAGUUGUGCAUCAUGGUUACACCCUUACUUCCAAAAUACCUUUUAAAGAUGUAAUAGAUGUGAUAAACAAAAAUGCCUUUACUAAGAAUGAGUUUCCGAUUAUAUUGUCUAUUGAAAAUCACUGUAAUGUUGAGCAGCAAAAGAAAAUUGCCCAGUACCUCAAGGAGAUUUUUGGUGACAAGCUAGAUUUGACUUCUGUGAACAUCGGGGAUCUCAAGCAACUUCCAAGUCCUCAGAGUUUGAAGGGCAAAAUCCUAGUCAAGGGUAAAAAACUCCCAUAUAGUCUUGGUGCAGAUGCUGAAGAAGGAGAGGUUUCUGAUGAAGACAGCGCUGAUGAAAUUGAAGAUGACUGCAAGUUAAAUUUUUCUUAUAGCAAUGGCACAACAGAACAUCAGAUAGAAUCUUUUAUAAGAAAAAAACUUGAAUCCUUACUCAAAGAGUCUCAAAUCAGAGACAAAGAAGACACAGAUAGCUUCACUGUGAGGGCCCUUUUAAAAGCAACGCAUGAGGGCUUAAAUGUGAACUUUAAACCGCAUUCAGGUUUGAAGGACAAAAAAUCCCACAGUAAACUCAUGGGCACCUUUGGUAAACAUAAGAAGGCAGGUAAAUCAAAGUCCAAAUCUCACUGCGGAUCUGAUGAUGAAGACUCUCAACAAAAUGUGUCUGGAAAAGAAUCUGGACAAUUAUACAGCCGGUUGGCUCGGCGGAGGAAAACGAUGAAGCUGUGCCGUGACCUUUCUGAUCUAGUGGUGUACACAAACUCUGUGGCAGCUCAAGACAUAAUUGAUGAUGGAUCAGUGGGGAAUGUAUUAUCCUUCAGUGAGACAAGAGCUCAUCAGGUGAUCCAGCAGAAAUCAGAGCAGUUCCUCCUUUAUAACCAGCAGCAGCUCACCAGAGUCUAUCCAUCUGCCUACCGGAUUGACUCUAGCAACUUUAACCCUGUACCAUAUUGGAAUGUUGGAUGCCAGCUUGUGGCAUUAAAUUACCAGUCUGAAGGGCGGAUGAUGCAGUUAAACCAAGCCAAGUUCAGGAUGAAUGGCAACUGUGGCUACAUCCUGAAACCGCAACAGAUGUGCAAAGGCACUUUCAAUCCAUAUUCUGGAGAUCCUCUUCCUGCUUUCCCUAAAAAGCAACUUAUACUCAAAAUCAUCAGUGGUCAACAACUACCAAAACCCCCAGAUUCCAUGUUAGGAGACAGAGGAGAGAUAAUCGAUCCAUUUGUUGAAGUUGAAAUUAUCGGGUUACCAGCUGAUUGUUGCAAAGACCAGACCAGAGUUGUAGAUGAUAAUGGAUUCAACCCUGUUUGGGAAGAAACCCUGACUUUCACUAUCCACAUGCCUGAAAUAGCUUUGGUCCGAUUUCUAGUUUGGGAUCAUGACCCCAUUGGCCGAGAUUUUGUGGGGCAAAGAACUGUGGCUUUUAGCAGCUUGAUGCCUGGUUAUCGUCAUGUUUACUUAGAAGGACUGACUGAAGCAUCAAUUUUUGUUCAUGUAACCAUCAAUGAAAUUUUUGGAAAGAACAAGCAACUAAUAGGACUCCGAGGGCUUUUUAAUAGGAACUCCAAACAUAAUUCAGUGGAAAACAGCACUAAUUAUAUCCGAAAAAGGUCACUCGGGGACCGAAUCCUUCGACGCACAGCCAGCGCUCCAGCAAAGGCCAGGAAAAAAAACAAAAUGUGCUUUCAAGAGACCACUGACCUUAAGGAAAGUGUAUCUGAUAUGCUGGACUUGAAAGAGAAGGAAGGUGGUUUCAGGCAAACAAGCAGAAGUUUACAAUUGCGCCCCAUCUCCAUGCCAGUUGGAAAAUAUCUCCUGGCAGGAUUGCCACCACCAGACCAGGAUGCUAGCAGAGUUGUUGAAGUUAUCAAAAGUGAAAGUACAUCUGAAAGCAGAAACAAUGCAAGUGAGGAUUGUACAAAUGCGAAGAAAACCAUCACCUCUUCUGAGAAAAAUCCAUCUUUUACAUACCUCCUUAAGAAAGAUGUACCCAAGUCUGGUACAUGUGAUACCCUUUGUCCUGAUGAAAAAGGAGAAAGCCUAAACUUUGCAAUUGGGAUAGCUGAAACCUAUUUCUCCACUGAGUAUUGGAAAAGUAAUCUUCCCAAUGAAUUUGUUCAUGUAAAGGAAGACCUUGAAAGAAAAAAACAGGAAGACAUAGGCCGCAUGGAUCGAAAGACAUUGGAGAAAACUGAACUUUGCAAAGAAAAGCGGAAAAUAGCAGAUGAAAAAGCUAAUAUGGAAUCCCUACCAAUAUUAACUACAACAAUAACUAAUGUGUGUAGCUUUAAUGGUACACCAGCUAUCCCAGAUAGUGACAUUUCUUGUCUGAUUAAUGAGGUUUCUCUAGCUGGCGAGAGAGAAAGGGAUAACUCUAUCUCAAAGCUGAUAGAACAAGUUGAUGUCACAAGUGACCAAACUGACUUAACUCUUGUUUCAAGUCCCCCUGAUAUUAAUAAAGAGAACAAUAAUCUAAAGUCCAUAAAUCUACCAUAUACAUCAUUGGAUGAACCAAGCAUCAUUUUGGAUGAUAAGUCCUUAAACUUAAAAUCAGCUGGAUCAGCUUGUUCAACUGGUCCAAGAACAGAAAAUACCAUAAUAUCCACUCCUAAGACAACAGGGUGUUCUGUGUACACAAUUAUUCAUGAGGCUUCUCUUUCUCCAGUUUCUCAGUCUGCAUUCACGGAGAGAUCUGUUUGCAAAGAUACAGCCAAGGAUGCAGAAGACAGUUGCUUAAAUCAGGGUGCUACACACACUUCCUGUAUUUCACCUGUCACCAUGCAGAAAGCAAACCCUAAAAAAAAAUGUGGAACAAGCUGGGAAUUUCUCAGCAAUAGCAACUCCUAUACUUCUGACAUACAGAAUACCAUAGUUGUCCCAGUCACUUGUGCAAAUUCUACAGGUAGUAGCCUAAUGGAAAUUGAUGGGGAAUUACAAGACCUCUUGAUAACUGCUUUUGAAUAUAAAAUAGAAGAUAUGAGCCAAGUUGCUUCUCCUCUGAAACUUAAGCAUAGUCAGGAUACACUAUACUAUAACAAACCUAUAUGUGAACCCCUAAAGAGCAUGGACUUUCCCAGUGAAAACCUAGCUGAAGAUUUAAAGUUCAACAAUGAUAAGAACCAGUAUUUUCCAUACCCACGUCAGCAGAGGUUUGAACUUUUGUACAAUAAUUGCUUGCAAAUUUCAGAUGCACAAAAUGAAUUGUUAAACAUUCCUCAAUCAGCCAGCAUCAAUGCUGCUCUUAAGCCCAAAAAUGUUCUGUCUUCACCCUUUCCUGGAGCUCAAAAGCAACAGAGCCCUUGUAAAUCGAAAAGUCUUGGUGACUUAACCUCAGAAGAUAUCUCUUGCAAUUUUGAGAGCAAGUACAAAUACAUUAGUAGAGGUUUUAUUACAUCUGGUAUGAGAGACAAUAUGGCGGCCACUCUGAAGGCCAAGAAACCGUCAACUACAGACAUUCUGACUGAACAACUGCGAAAACUUGUGUCUUUUGAGCAAGAAGAGAGUUGCCAGUCAUUUUGUUCCAAACAAAAUGAUGAUUGCCCAAAAAUGCUGGUCAGAAAACUUUCAUCCAGAAGUCAGAGUAGAGUGAGAAAUAUUGCUAGCCGUGCCAAGGAACGACAAGAAGCCAAUAAACAAAAACCUUCUAAUGUUAGCAGUAAUGUAACAGACAUAGUCCUUCGAAAUAAGCCCCCAAUACCACCUCAUAUCAUCAAUAGGCAUUCUACUGGAUCUUAUAUAGCAAGCUAUCUAGAUAACUUCAACACAGAUGACCUAGAACGCAGAGGGGUCCCAGAAGGUGCCUGCUCAUCUUUGCAUUUGGGGUACAGUGACCGGUUUUGUACAGAUGACUCUCUUUUAGAGACCAAGCCAAAUGAAAAUGACAAACCAGAAAUCUAUUUUCUCCUAAGACUAUAAAUUGUAAAAAUGUAUAUCUUCAUUGUUUACAAGCUUUCUCCCUGAAUGAAGGAUUAUCAGUAAGCAAUGCGUCCAUUAGCCUUUCAGUUACUCAGAUUUUUUUUGGUAUGGCUUGAAUUGUGUAAUUAAUUAGUGUGUCCAUUCUGACAAAUGUUUAUGUAAAUAGAUGUGGCAAUAUGUCAUGUAGUUGUCUUUCUUUUUGAGAAUCUACAUAUUUGUUGCUUUCUACAUGAAGUGAAUUCUCCUGUCUAGUCUUUGCAAACUGUACCCAACAAAAUUUGGUACAGGUAUGAAAUGCUAAGCUUGCUGCAUUUUUGAACUUCUAAAGACUUUUAGAGUAAUUAUCACCCAUCAUAUGCCCUUUCCAGAUUAAAUAAAAUGUAAGAUAUCUUAAAUUUAAAUUUCAUACCUUCCAUAUUUAUUAGAUAAAUUUCCUACACUGAGGGGAAUUGAAUGUUCUUUCAAAAAGUGCAUAAACUUUCAUUUUUACAAGUUCUGUAGUGUUUAUUUUAUUAACAAAUUAAUUUAUUAAUUUGUUGGAUUGUGUAUCCCAUUUCUUCUUCUUCUGUUGCUGCUGCUUUAUUUAUUUCAACUAGAGUCCCCAGAAAUCCAGUUCUUCCCUUAAUUGUUUUCAGCAAUACAAGUGUAAUUUAGUGUGAUUAAGGAAUUAUGUGACUUGUUUUCUCUAUCAUUUCUUUAUAGAUAUUUGAUUGUUUUGAUACCGCUAUGUUAGAGCACAGUAAAUUGUGGAUAUUGUCCCAAAGAAUAUCCUCUGGAGUGAUGUAAAGAUUUGUGCUUCUUUCAUUGGCUGUUUAAAUUAAGUGGUGCUGUGAUGUCAAAGAGCUCAUGAAUUCAAUUGUUUUCUGUUGUUGAUAAUGAGAUAAAAAGAAGAUCCAGCAAAGCAUUGACAAAGUUGCUUUGAAAAGCCUUCUUAUGCAAGCAAACAUCUCUGCUCAAAGCAUUAAAGCAGCUGCAUCCUCUAGCACAGGGGUGUCAAAU